CCGCGAUUUCUUAGCAUUCAAUCUUUCACAAACUCAUCCAUCAUACAUCAUCAAGCCCCCCAGUCACCCAAUCAUCUUGGCCGAUCUGCCAAUUCAUACCUGCGCAACCAAUUUUCUUCCUAGCCUUUCCUAUCGCCGAUUCAUGUGAAUUAACGUUACCAUACUAUUAUCAUCGUCAAAGUGCUGCACCUUGCCGGUAUAGAGUCUGCCUUCACACGAUAUCCCAUCUCUCCUACCAUUGGCCAUUGCCAAUUACCAAGUUCAUAAUCCGUAUUGUCCAUUUUCAGGUCCCAGCUGGGUCCAAGCUGCCACCAUGGUAAAAGAUGCCACCACCGGCGGUAUAUACAGUGCGACAUAUAGUGGUGUCCCUGUAUAUGAGUACCAGUUUGGCGGAGAUACGAAGGAGCAUGUGAUGCGCCGUCGACAAGAUGACUGGGUCAAUGCAACACAUAUUCUCAAGGCUGCUGGAUUCGAUAAACCCGCACGAACCCGAAUUCUCGAGCGCGAAGUGCAGAAGGAUGUUCACGAGAAGAUUCAAGGAGGCUACGGCAAAUACCAAGGCACAUGGAUCCCCUUAGAAGCUGGCGAACAGCUCGCUCAUCGUAACAACGUAUUUGAGCGACUUCGACCAAUAUUCGAGUUUACUCCUGGGAAUCAAAGUCCCCCUCCCGCACCCCGACAUGCGAGUAAGCCGAAGGCUCCUAGGAAGCCUGCUGUUCCGAAAUGGGGCGCUGCUCCCCCACCACCGGAUAUCGAGAGCGCCAGCCAGCAGUUGAACGAGGAUGACACGCCCGAUAAUGUCACCAUCGCUUCUGCCUCGUACAUGGCAGAAGACGAUCACCAUGAUCUGUCGCAUCUUUCAACCGGGCACCGCAAGAGGAAGCGGGACGAGGCCAUCCAAGAUUACACAGAGCAACAUCAUGCUCUCUACAGUGACGAGUUAUUGGACUACUUCCUCUUGGCUCGCCAAGAUGUGCCUACAUACCGUCCCGAGCCUCCGCCCAACUUCCAGCCUGAUUGGAUGAUCGACAUGGAAAAGCACACUGCUCUCCACUGGGCCAGUGCCAUGGGCGACUUGGAGCUCGUUAAGCAGUUGAAGCGAUUUAAUGCCACGUUAGGUGUGCAAAAUUCUAGAGGCGAGACGCCUUUCAUGCGUUCCGUAAACUUCACGAAUUGUUACGACAAGCAAACCUUCCCCGCCAUCAUGAAGGAGUUGUGGGACACUGUCGAUGCGCGUGAUAACUCUGGCUCUACCGUCAUUCAUCACGCCGCCAUUAUGAAGAGUGGUCGAAUCACGAGUACCACCAUUUGUCGAUACUAUCUCGACAACAUCUUAAAUAAACUCCUGGAGACUCACGAUCCGAAUUUUGUUCAGCAUCUCAUCGAUGCCCAAGAUUACGCUGGCAACACCGCGCUCCAUCUUGCGGCCAGAACAAACGCUCGCAAAUGUAUACGAGCUCUCCUUGGCCGAGGUGCUUCCACGGACAUCCCUAAUGCGGAAGGAAUUCGAGCAGAAGAUUUAAUCAAGGAGUUAAACGCUACGAAGAACCCCAAGGAGCGUGUUCCCCAACGAUCCUCUUCCCCUUUUGCUCCUGAUUCUCAACGACACGUCUCCUUCCGUGAUGCUCUUACGGAGUCUGUCACCAAACUUGCCGUUACGUAUAACUCUGAGGCGGCGAACACUGUUCAGAAUACGAUAACGCCACUUGUUCUAGAGAAGUUCGAGGACCUCGCCCAUAGUUACGACGAAGAGUGGAAAGAGAAGAACGAAGCUGAAGUAGAGGCCCGACGUAUUCUUGCAAAUACUCAGAACGAGCUCUCGGUCGUGCGUGCGCAAAUCACGGAACUUGAUGGGCAACUGGAGUCGCCCGAGGCGGCAACCAAGGCAGUUGGCGAUGCCACCGUGCUACAACACCAGCUACUUGACAUACUGGCUAACCAAAGCCAACUCCAUGUCCAAGUUUCUGUUGACAAGAGUCUAUCUAUGAUGAACGGUGACGCCAACGAUGAUUCCUACGCGAAUCGAAUUAAGCUCGCCUAUGAGCUCUCGGAACUUCUCGCAGAAGAGCGAAGUGCGGAGAAAGAGUACGUCGAUGCUCUAGCUGUGUCAAGUACCGGGGAAAAGAUCGACAAGUAUCGUCGACUUCUAAAGAAUUGCCUAGAUCAGCAAGCAGCUGAAAACUUAGAUUCCAACUUAGACGACUUGAUCGAGAUGAUGGAGGAGGAGCGAAGCGAAGGUGCACCGGUCAUACAUAGCCAAGGAGAGCCUAUGAUGAUAGGUUAGCUCAUUUUGUAGGGUAUGUCCGUUGGAUGUCAUGAUUCUCUGUCUCUAUACGUCGAACCUAUCUUGCAUGGCGUCGUAGGUACUUGGCCGAUAUCCAUCUUGGAUUCCUAUUCUUACAGGACUGGCGUUGUGUGGCUGGCGUGCUGGUGUUAUCACGAACCUUGGGAGGGAGGGAGAUGUGAUUCAUGCCUCACGAGAUAUCCAAAAUUUCAACAUCAUAAUCUAAUCCCAAUUAAACUGCCUA